AUGAAUAGCUCGAAAGCUACCGACUAUGUUGUUCCUGAAGAGUUUCGUGGAGAUGCUUGGCUGAAAUUUUCGAGCUGGAUAAAUUCCAUCAGUGCAUAUUUAUAUCUAACAGAUUUUAUUAUCUCUUUUAUUGGAAUCUUCCCAAGUCUAUUUCAUUUCUGGAUUCUUACAAGAACAUAUAUGCGGCAUUUAACCACAAAUCUAUUUCUGAUAGGUAUUACUGUUUGUGGGAUUAUCCAUAUAAUUUGUAAUAUUAUCGAAUUUUUUCCAAUGCUCUAUGACUAUUAUCUUAGCUUCAAGGUUCCAUCUGAGUGUUUUCCAUUUGCACCUUACUCUAAAAUAGUGUCCAAUUAUUAUUCCUCAAUGACAAACGCUGUUGUAACUGGGAUGUUGACCUAUUUCACUGUUGCCAUGGCAAUUAUCAGAUUUCUUGUGGUGAAAUUUCCAUUAGCUAGCGGCAUGCAACGCCUUAUCUACUCCAAAAGUGGGCUGAAAAUUUUACUACCCAUUAUAAUUCUCAUAUUACCCCUCUGGAUAGCUGAAAUAUCUAGUACAAACAUAGUUGAGACAGGCAUCUGGGUCCCUGGUCCAAAUUGUGAUGGAUUCGCUGAAAAUUAUACAGAAAAAAUGUAUACCGUUGAGACAUCUAUUACAUUUGGAAUCGACGAGUUUUAUUGGAUUGUCUAUUACAUAUAUGCAGUGAUUUUCCAGUUUAUUCCAUCAAUCUUACUUCCAAUCUCUACAGUUUUGUUGAUAAUUGAGUUGAAGAAAAAUAAAAAGACAACGACCUGGACUAAAUGA